AUGACGCACGAGGGUGACGGUUAUGGUUUGCAGCGUGGAGUACCAGACACUGCCGGAAGAAGGCAUCAUCAUCAACAGCCUCGGACUGGUACUGGUAGCUGCGGUCAUCAUGGUCUUCUACACCCUCAGCAGGCCGGACUUCCGCUACUUCGGCAGGAUCCUCGUCCCCAACAUCGAGAUCUAGGAUUCCACUCUGGAGCUACAACUGCUCCAAAUGUGAACGACUCGUUCCUGAAUAGAUGUCAUGUGUUAGACCAUUGUCAAAAUACUCUAUAUCUAACUUAA